UUUAGGUUGUAUGGGCGAUACACAGUUCCACUUUCGAAUAAGAUCGGAGUCGAACAUUUGCAAGAAGAAUAACUGUUGUCGCUCAAAUGAAAAUGGAUUGCCAUUUGGUUAUAAAGUACGUUCAUGAAAAUUCCCAUGGGAGAUAGAAAUUUCGAGCGGAAACUUACACAUAGACUGCGAGCGGUCCCUCCUUUCCGCGGGUUUAGAUUUCCGAGCUUGCGAAAGGAAAGGAGGGUCUGCCGACAACACAUCAAGAAACGAGAUAAGCGUUACCCACAAAACACAAAAUUUCCAUUGAUCGAAAUCGAUACGCCUGUCAAUCAAAUAUGACACGUAAGUAAUUAUGCUAUAAGUAAUUUCCAGACAGAAUGUUGAUUUUAUAAAUAAAGAUGACAUUAACGGUUCCUAUUGAAUAGAUUUAAUUGGAUAUAAGUGAUGUUUAUGCAAAGGCGGAGCCAAUUUGACAAGAGCUAAAAGUGGGCGUAUUUCGUUUCUUGAUUUGUUGUCGGCGGGCCCUCCUUUCUCCCGAGGGACUGCUCGCGGUCUAACUUAUAUACAAUUUUAGACCUAACCUGCAGGAGUAGUUGCGAAAAAUGCAACUAUAGCCCCUUUGGUAAGAAUAUAACAUGUGGUUCUGCGAUUCCGAUGCAGCGCUCUAACCAACUGAGCUGCAUAGUCCAGUUGUCGAGUUUUGUCACUGAUAUCGCUUUUUGUCCCGCUAUUUUAAUAAUUGUUGCAUUGGGGUAAUGAUUAAUAUCCCUAAUAAAUUCUGACCCUGAUAAAUUAUAACAAGAAUGUUACAAGGUUGAUGACAUAAGGUUGUAACAAUAUUGUUAUAUCAUGACUGAAUCAGACUUUUUGGAACAGUCUUCCAACGUGCAAGUCUGAUAGUAUCAACAAGCUUGUUACAAGCUGUUAACAACUUGUAACAAGUUUGAUGGAAAUAUCAGGCCAACCUCGUUCGCAGUCAGUGUCGCCGAGAGGUUGGCGGGGGCCCGGGGCAAUUUUUUUUUAGGGGCCCCUAUCUAAAAAAUUUUUCCGGAAAAAUUCCGGACGAGUACGUUGCAAUUGCUUUCCAGAGACUUUAUCACAUUUUUUAUACCAAAUUUCGGUACUUAGCCCAAAAAACAGAUAUCUUGUCCUUUGCGCGAAAAUAUUUAACACACAAAACAGACUGGGGCCCAACAAGAAAUUUUCAGGGCCCCCCAGCACCUCGGGGCCCGGGGCAAUUUGCAUCCCCCCUGCCCCCCCCCCCCUCUCUGCGGCCCUGUUCCCAGUGUCUCACCUCCGCUCACCCCCCUGCUACGGAUACAUGUAGAAACAGACGACAACAAGAUUCUAAAUCACUGGUUUAAAUGCCAUGAACCAUAUCAUACAUGUAUAUAACGUUUUUUCGGAGUGUUGGUUUUAUUUCAAAUAUAGAACUUCAAAAACUGCCAAAUGCGAUAUUAACUAAUUUGACAAGUUCUAUUAUUUUUAGAAAUGACUGCAGUUAAUAACUCUAUAAUCAAGCGUUCUACGCCUCGUCAGUGCAGCUUGCAAUGUAUCAGUUGUUUCGCUUCUAUUUUAGAGUGACCAAGGUCAUUACUAUGGAUUUGUAUAUUUUCGACAAGUGAAAGACCCGACUAUACCAAGAGGUUACUUUCAGAAGGUAUGUACAUUAUUAACUGAGGUGGAAAAGAGCGCGUGUGUACGUACAGUUUCUAUAUGGCAAGCUUUGGUUUUCUAACCACCAUGUUAGCUGUUAUCAGUUUGGGAGUUAUUUUCAGAAACGGCCUUAGGCCUAAAAAAAUACCUGUGGUUCCGGUUUUCCGACCGACCCUAUUUUUUUCUGCCGACCCUAUUAUUUUUUCAACGCGAUUGACCGUGCGACCCUAUUUUCUCCGGGUGGUUGCGGGCUGCUCAUACAGCGUGCCAAAAUGGCGUCUGUUGUCACACUAAUUAUUGAACCAAAUUGCCUAAAUUCGUCCUUAGGAAAUACGCAUCUCUAGUUAAUAUUGAUGUUGGGACUCUACUGCAAAUCGCCCAGCAAAAACUACCAAAACCAUGAAAAAAAUAUUCAAAAAAAAUUUAUUUCCGACCUAUACCGACCCUAAUUUUUUCACGAUAUGAAACCGGAACCACAGGUAUUUAUAUGCUUUUUAACAUGAGAUACUUUGUACUAUCAAUUCGUGGUAUGGUGUCGAGAUAUCGUUUUUUUUAGCCCCAAUAAAAAUGAGAAUAACAUGAGAGCGAGGCUAGAUACCGCGAGGCCCAUAGAUUGGUUGGCUUUUAACCAAAUCUUACGAAAAAGGUCUCGUGUGAAUGCACUUGCAAUGGGCUUUCGAACAAAUGUGAGCAAGUAAUCAAUGUGUCACGUGACAAAUCACGUGAUCUAUUACAACAAUACUUUGCCAAUUUUUACUAUCGCUAGCUUGCUGGCUUUUGAACAAGUGUCGCUCAUUCAAUUAGUGCUUUUUGAAGAAAGGGCUUAACUUCAAAUAGAAGAUUCCGAUAUACCAAAGUUAUUUCAUGUUGGAGCCACAUUCAUGACCUAAUGGUUUAUCAUAAUCUGUGAUGAACAGAUUGCUAACAUCAUUACCGUCUCAUGUGAACCCUACAGUUGCAAAUAACUUUCCAAGUUAUGGAUAAAGCAGUUGGCAAAAAUAUCGGGAGAUCAGUCCCCCAAACCGGCAUUAAAUUUUUAACAAGGGAGCUCAGCCCCCCUGAGCAUCUAAUAAGGGGGACUGACCCCCCUCUACACGACUGAGUAAGUCCCAUGUGUUCUGAGACACGCGUAUGAAUGUGUCUACCUUACAUAUUUACCAAAACCGUCGAUGCGUCCUCUCGCCCGAAAAAUGCGACUAUAUUCUUACGUUUAUUGUUGUCAUAGAAUGCGAAACUAUUGUUAGCUAUGAAUAAAUAUUAUUAUUGUUAAUCAGACGUCGCCGUUCGCAAGAUAUCGAUUUCACGACUUUAGCAUGCAAUGCGGUUGAAUUCCUCAAUGUUCUGAGACGGAUUGAAUUUUGCUGAUUGGGGCAAACUUGAGUUAUACCCGGAUGUGAAACCAAGAAAAUCUAUUUUUCCCCUUUUGGCUACAAUUCGUGUAUUCAAUCCUGGUUUAUCACCAGUUCUGACUGUUUUACAUUUACUUCUGGCGAAAAAUUGAGGAAUUUUGUUUUUUUAUCAUGGGAAAUGAUACAAAUUUGGACGUGCCGAAAUCACGAAGAAAAAACCUCUUUCAACAUCGAAAAAGAGCACUUUAAAGUCCAGGUAUUCUUGUUGAUUUUGAGCUUUUAGUCCUUGCUUGAACUAAAACGGAAACAAAUUGAUUUUUCCAAAUUUGUAUUAUUUUCGUAAUUCCCUGCUCCUCCUAAACUUCAUGGCUUUGCAUUCUGGAAUGAGAAUUUACAUGCGGGCAAUGAGAUUUUAGCCAAUCAGAGAGCGUUAUUUAAUAAUAAUAUAAUAAAUGGUUUAAUAAAACGCUUUGCAGUUACAAAACUGAAUUGCACGCUCAAACUUGCUAUGACAAUGAACUUUUAGAAAUAUUACAAAUAUAAAAUUAUCUAUUGAACAAUAUUAAAUAAAAUAGUAAAUAAAACCUACAAUGACUAAGAAAAAUAAUAUUUGCAUGUGAUGAACUGAGAGAAACGUUCUGUACAUGCUCUUACUCUAUUUAGUCCCUCGUGUCUUAAAUUAUAACUAUGUUCACGUUCAUUAUGAAUGUUAUGCCUCAGAAUGUUAGCAACAAGGUUAUUUAGUUGAUCGUCAGACUUCAUCGACGACUUGAUAAAGUUUCAAUUUUCACAUUGAUUGACGACGACUUGGUAAAGUUUCAAUGUUCACUUAUUAUAAUUAUGAUUAUAAUCUCUAUGGUAACAACAACAACAUGAACGACAUAGAACUGUUGCUAACGUUUCUACAUUUGUAUCUCUUUCAGUCUUUGGUGCUUAUCACUAGGCUCCCAUAUGUCAACUUUUUCACCGCUGUGGUAAGUUAUAUUAGAGACUGGUCGCCAUUUAUUGGCGGGCGGUGGCACCGAAGAGAUUUCUUUUCUUGGUAAGAAUUUUGCUGUUGUGACCAUUAAAAAGUCAAAAAAAUUAAGCCAACUUAAAUAUCAAUCAAAAAAUAAAUACCCACCCCUAGCAAAAAACUAAAACUUCACAAAAGGUUUCACACAUGUCCUUUACCACUUCUGUGACAUGAGUUUGAUAACUGCUUGUACAGUUUUCUCCAGUCUAAAGAUUCAUGUUGUCUGCACAUUUAGUUUCUUUGGAGACGCCAUUUGCCUUCUGACAAAUUGGGAAAUGAUCAAGAUAGUGAUUUAGUUACAUAUUGUAUUGACAUGGCUGUUGACAUUGCUUUUUAGUCUUCAAUAUUUGAACGAGUCAUGCAUGCCUUGGAAAUGGCAAUAUUGUUUUAUUACUCAACCCUUCAGUUGUUUUGUUUUUUAUUUACCCAACCUUUUACUCACUCAAAAGUUUGUUUACCCAACCCUUGUCUCUUCGGCGUCACCCCCCGCCAUAAAUAAUGACUUAUAAUUCAUAUGUCAUGUACUGUGACUUUCAAGCCCGAGAAUGUUCACUCGUUUCACUGAAGCUGACAGCGAGGACUCGAAGCCCUCUAGAAACAUUCAAAGCAGGCGAAGUUUAUCGAGUUUUCAGUUUAGAAAUAUUUGUAAAUACAAUAUGGCGGCAACUUUACUGGAAUCAGUGAGCACCAUACAUAUUCUCUUUUCUCACCAGAUAAAGAUUGUUGCACCUGGAUUUUUUGACAUGCACGAGCCAGCCCUUGAAGCAAGUUGUCACGAUAUUGAUCAAUGGCCAUUUCCAACUGCGGGUCAAACAAUGGCGGUACCAGUCAUGGGUUGUAUUCUACAGGUAAUAUUACAGAGUUUUAGGUUGACGUUUACGGCAAACGUCAAACGCUAACAAAAUUUUUUAUAUUACAACUCUAUUAUAACAGCUUUUACAUCAGUUUUGAAAUAUUUUAAACAAUUAUUAAACUUCUGGUACUUAACAAUGAUUCAAGAAAACAAAUUUACCACUAGUCAUGUAUUCACCACAGCAGUAAAUUAAGAUUUAGCGUUUGAACUUUACGAUUGGCGCAUAAAUUUCAUGCUUUAACGACUACAAGCCCUCGUAGCAGUUCAAGCAUAAAAUGUAUACGCCAAAUUCAACUUCAAACGCCAGAUCGUAAUUCACUGCUUUGGUGAAUGCGUGACUAGUGGUUAAUUUGCUUUCUUAAAUCAUUGCUAAAGAACACAAGUUAUAAUAGAGUUGUAAAAUCAACAACUUCAUUGCGGUUUGACGUUUGCCGUAAACGUCAAUCUAAAACUCUCUACAGCUAACCGACUAGCUCAGCAUGUUUUUCUCGUGUGCGGACAGUUUUCGUGAGGAUUUAACCUCUCGAGCCUUUGAGGAAAAUAUCCAUCGUGUUUGAUAUUUUUCACCUCGCGAGGAAAAAUCUCAACAUCUGCGGAUGUUGCGAGCUCAGUGCUGAGCGGCUUGAAUUACCGUACAUAACUCAGUGUGCGAUAAUUCGUGUACUUAAGUACCUGAGGUACGCCAAUAUUAAGACCUAGGGCCGACUGCAUAAAACUCUUAACUACUUUUUAACUAUCCGUUCUGUAGCUAGUUAAAUAGUGGUUAACUUUAACCACGUUUGUAAAGACAUUGGCAAUAAAAAAUUAGUUUGUCUCAUUCAAAAGAACUCUUAAAAUUAUAUAUUAAACUCUAUAUUACCGAUUUGUCAUAUUUUACUUCGUUUUCGAAAUAUUUAGAUCGAAAGUAAUGAGCUGUCCGCCAUCUUGGACUAAUUCUUGACCUCAUUAACUACAGUAAGGUUUUUGAUGACGUCAGGAGUGGGGUUAACCAUAUAAAAUGACCGAGUAACAAUCCAAAAUUGCUUGAAAUGUUUUUAAUCAUUUCUAACUUUCAGACAGCGACCAGAAACGAAGUUUUGGACCCAUAUUUAAAGAUAUAUAUUCUUAACAUUUGCCCAGGAGCACUAGACCCAUAUUGAACGCUUACUCUCAAAUUAGCGUGACCUAUAUCUUGACGUAACAUGCAUAUCUAGGUACGCGGAACUCUUGCAAUCUGCGUUCUUACAUUUUGCUAGUACCAUAUGACCUUAUCAAACCCAACGUAUUCAAACCCUAAUUAAGCCCGUAUAUGGGUAAAAAUAGUGGACUGAUGGGACUAAGCCUAAGGAAUGAGUCGAUUCUAGUCUUUGUGUACGCAGUUGUCGUCCUUCUAACUCAUGGUUUCAGGUUACUGAAUAAAUACCUUUCAGAAACCUGUAUUUUAUGUACUUCAUUUCAAAGACUAAGUGCAGCUUGAGUCUUAAUAGACAAUUCCCAUUAUAGGCUAAUUUUAAAACUAGGCAAGGAGAUGCAUAUAAAUCACCACAGUUAGAAAGAGCAUACUAAAAUUAGUAAAAUUACAAAGUUUGGUUGCGAAUUGUUGUAAAAUGAGGAAAAUAUAGCCUUGCAAAGUUCGCAAAUUUUGUAUACUUUUGUAUUGCUUGCGGAAAUUCCUACCACAUUCCUACCACAUUUAGGCGGAAAAUGGUCGCACGCAAUACAAAAGUAUACAAAAUUUGCGAACUUUGCAAGGCUAUAUUUUCCACAUUUUACAACAUUUCGCAACCAAAUUUUGUAAUUUUACUAAUUUCGGUAUGCUCUUUCUAGCUGUGGUGAUUUAUUUGCAUCUCCUUGCCUAGUUUUAAAAUUAGUCUAUAAUGGAAAUUGUCUAUUGUGUACCAGCUCAAGCACGCGGUAAUAAUCAUUGGAGUACCAGUCAGGUGCGACUAAAUAUCUUGAAUUAUCGCACCCUGCAUGCGUGACUAGCCAAUGAGAACCCAUAUAGUUUAGACGCUAUUCCGGUACAGUACAAAACGAAACCUAGGGCGCUUUCCAUUUAAUGGCCUGACCGGUCAGACCCGACUUUUUGUCUCUGUAUCAAUGGAAAGAUCUGGCCUAUAUAGCCGUGUUUGGGACUGACAUUUACCUGACAUUUACCUGUACCUGAGAAGUACCUAGCCAGGCUUUACACGCUAUGUUUACAUUUGUUACCUAACUAAAGGCCCAAGUUUCUUUGAAUUGGGCAUAUACAUGCAAAAUGAAUUACUGUACAAAGGAGGAAAUGACAUUCGCUGAUUGCUAACAUCAAAGACUCCAAUUGACGUUUGUUGUCAAGGAAAUUAACCUCGAGCACAUGUAUCUAGGGUCAGUGAAAAUGUGUUUACACUGCAGGCCUGACCUGAGAGUUGCCUAGGACUGACCUAGGACCAUUGUUUCAGGCCACCUCUAAUGCUUGGCCUGAAAGCAAGAUCUUAGGUCGGUCCUAGGUCAGUCUUAGGCCAGUCCUAGUGCGUUUACACUACAGGACUAACUGUUUUAGGUCGGUCCUAGGUAAGGUAUAGGUCUCUAUAUUGUAAACACUGCUUUUGUUUCUCAAAUAUCUAGAGAAAAUGGACCUCAUUCUAAUUUUAUCAAAAUGUUCCAGUCAGAUAGGUCCAAUGCCCAAACGUUUUGUGUUCCAUUCAACAAUUUGACCGGUCUGGCCGUGUUAAUGGAAAACGCCCCUACUUUUAUUUGGUCUCGAAUCCUACGGUUAGCUGUACUACAAUUCGUCUGCUUUCAUGCCUUCCGUGUGGACCCAAGGCGAAACCAGACGAAUUUGAGUACGUUUCCAAAUCCAUCCUGCCCUCGGUGUGACCUUAAGUUACGAUUGUUCUCUUCUAGCUUCAUUUGCCAUCACGUAAAGAUAAGCCAGGCACCGCACUGUCGCCGAGCGCCAGUUCUGAAGAAACUGUUGUGGUAUGUAAUACGUUUUUUAUGUUUGCUUGCAUUCACCUUUUUGUUCACCAUACAAUUCAUUUAUUAAACUUCGCCACUUACAACAAACGAGUGGCAGGGUCGCAACAACAAUAUACACCAAUUACUGUGGGCCAACGCAAUGCAAUGCAAUGCCAUGCAGUGUAUAGCAAGAACAAGAGAUUCAACUUCCACCGCCACUCCCACCGCCAACAAUAUUAUAGUUUACCAAGCUAACCAAUUACAUACACACCAGGUCAGCGAGAGGUAGCGACUGUGGCGGCGAAAGCCAAAUCCCAAACUCGCUAAAAACAACAAGAGAUUGGACUAUCCAGACUUCGAGCCUUGUUGCACGUUAGGCCGAUAGAUUUCCAUGUCCGUGGAUUAUCAUGAUCAUAGACUAGAUUUAAAGCAGUACGGUAAUAAUCGAGUAACAAAGAUUUAAAUUUGACUAAGCUUAAAGAUUUAUGUCCCAGUUUAUCCAUAGCGUUCAUCAGGCAGAAUGUUCCAUAUCCUGGUUGAUGAACGAGCGUUGAAAUGCAGGUUAUGUAGCCACAGACUCGACUCGUGAAUGAGAAUAAUUUCAGUACUAAAACAAAUGCAAUUUUCAACGGUGGAAAAAUGCGAUUUCGAGCGGCAUUUUUAAAUCCAAUUGUAUUUGGUUAUUUUUUAUCGCGAUGAUACAAGAAAGGUCGGUAAAAACCUGAUCUUUGUUGGUAUGAAAAAAGUAAAUGGAUAAACGUAAUAUAUAAUGUACGAUAACAUGCCAAGUUUGAUUGUCUUUUUUAUACACCCUGUAUACACUGAUGGUAAUACGGAUCGAAAACUUUGCUAUACUGUAUUGGUCAUUAUGCAUUUUAAAUACGUUUAUGUUUCAGCCACUUGCACCCGCGCCAACGGUUAUCCCUUUGCUGAAAGAAGGCGACACAUACAGGUAAUAACCACAGGGGGCGGAUCUACCGUGGGGUGUAGGGAGGAGCGCCCCCACCUAGUGGUGACUGGCAUCCCCCAAGAGAAGACCAGCACCACUCUAAAAAAAUCUGCUUGACCAUACAUUUUCUACUUUCGAUUAGCGGAACUUCUACAGUUACCGCGUGUCGAUUUCUUGAAAACAAUUUAGUUGAUUUGUGAGCUCACCAGAAAAUACUCAUGAAUGCUUUAGUUCAAUAUCAUGGUUAAAUAUGUAUGAACAUUUUGGGGUUGUUGUACAGCCGUAUUUUCAAAUAUGCUGUACUUGAGCAAACAUAUUUAGUGUAUUGUGCUACAGCAACUGUCCAGUCACGCAUACGCUUGAUAAAUACAAAGCCGAUAUAAUCUUUACAAACGAAAGACAAUGUAAAACGUAAUAGAACGGCCAACAUACAGAUUCGGUCACCUAAAAUAAUGAUAAUGUUGGAAUAGUAGCGUUGCAGAAGAAAGUUGACAGUAAAGCUCCUUCGUGCAUCACGCCAUGGAACACUUGCACCCCUCCUUGCAGAUGAGGCUAUAUAUCCGCCCUGAAUAACCAUGCAGGAAAAUAAAGCUCUUGUAAGACAACGUCUAUUUCAUUUACUUUGAAGAUUUUAUUAAUUUGUUUUGGAACAUAUCCUCUUCUCGUCUCCAUAGUCUAGGACCUGGCAUUGUUUGUAUGCAUUUCAUUCAGGACAGAUAAACUCAACUGUUUUAGGACAUGUUGACCAAGACUGUCAACAUGGUCACGCUGCCCGAACCCCAGUCUGAGACGAACCGUGUGAAACAUGAUUACACCCAAAAACAACGCUUUCGCUUUUAGGGGGUGGUUAAAUGUGAAAUGUAAGUAAGUAAAAUGCCUAGCACUGUAAGAGUGAAAUGCCUAGCACUGAUAUUUCACAAGAAAAUGACCAUGCAAUACUCGUAGUCAAACGUCAAUUUGUGGCUUACAACUCCUUAUAAACAGCAUUGUAAUAUUAAUUUAUUUAUUCACUCUACCAAUCUUCUUUCAGAUGUAUAUCAGCUGUGUUGAACCAGAUUCAUUUGUUGUGGGAACUUGUGUUAUUGAAUGAGGUUUGUUACUUAUAUAUACAAUUCGAAAAAGGUUGUCCUUUGUUUCAACCUUAAACUUUAAACCGUAAACUUAAGCUUAAUGGGAGCACAAGUAUCAAGCUUAGUAGUUGAAUAUUGCAGCUAUUUGUGAAUGAAUUGUUAUCGUAUAAGGAGAUGUUUUAUUUACCAUGUCUUUAAGAAAUGGCCCC